AUGGCAACAAACACCAGCUGGAAGACGCAGUUAACUUUCUCUGAGCGGUUAUCGGCGUUAACGUCUCUCACUACUGCAUAUCGUCACGGUUUCCCAUCCGCGGACUUUCCUGAAGCACAUUCUGAAGCAACGAAGAUUGAGGGAGAGGCUUACGCAAAUGCAUCCUCUAAGGAUGAGUAUCGGGCGUUGUGCCAAAAGGAGAUUGACAACUAUGACAAUCAAGCUAUUGCACCAGACAACGAUGAGUCGUUUCAGCAAUGGGCAGCGGAAGUCAAGACGGAAAUCAAAUCUAGGCGUGGCGAGAAAAUUGGCAAGUAUGCGAAAGCAGUUCAUGACCAGGAAGGCCUCUUCUCCAGCUUCUACAAAAGCAUAAAUGAUGAAGGCCUGGUCGUUGCUUUGAAAGUCACCAUUCCUCACCUGACUGGGCCUCCCCAUGAUUCGGAACGGGAAGCUCGACUUUUGAAAGGGACGUCCUGCACAAAUAUCAUCCCGCUAUUGGAGUCCUUUCAUGAGGGUGGGAGCCGUUUUGUUCUGGUGUUCCCGUAUAUGAGGUAUACCCUUGAGGCCCUGUUUCAUGACGGCCGGCUGAAUGCACGGCAAACCCGGUCUCAUCUAAGAGACAUGUUUCGAGCUCUGGCACACAUCCACGAGCUAGGAAUCAUACACCGUGACAUUAAGCCCUCCAAUGUACUACUACAAUGGCCGGAGGGGCCGGUGUUCCUGGCCGAUUUUGGCAUUGCAUGGUCUCCGGAGGAUAAGUCGUCAGAGCCUCCCGACGAGAAGAUCACAGACGUCGGUACCACAUGCUAUCGUGCACCGGAAAUUUUAUUUGGGGAUAAGUCAUACGACGCAGCGCUGGAUCUUUGGGCGAUGGGCUGCGUAGUUGCGGAGGCGAUUGAACCCGAACAUCAUCCACUCUUUGAUGCUGGGCCCGUCGGAAGCGACCUAGCGUUGGUGCACUCGAUCUUUACCACGUUAGGCACGCCAACGGAAGAGUCAUGGCCGUCGAGGACCCGUCUGCCAGACUGGGGCAAGAUUGAGUUUCGCGAAUACCCAGCGCGAUCGUGGGAGGAGAUCUUGUGUGGAGUAUCAUCGCUUGGCCGCGAGUUGGCGAAAGACUUGGUCAAGUAUGAAGGAAGCGAGCGCUUGACCGCCAGCCAAGCCCUUGAGCACCCCUUCCUUUCGUUCUAA